GCAGCUUUGAAGAGAUCAGCUUGCAACAGGUUGCAGGACGCAAAAGAAGAGCUCUUAUCCAAUCACUGAUUCGGUAGGGUACUUCCUCGCUAGAUUUUCAACUGACUGUGUCGUCCUUGAAGCUUGUGAUCAUAGCCUUAGGAAGCACCAUCAGCUUCUAAAAAGCAGAAAAUUAGGUUGUGCAGCAACCACUAGCAGGAACAACUUCAGAUCUGUGAUCAGCCCACGAUGGAGAUUGUGGCGCGGGCCCACGGGUCUGGCAGAACCGUCAUCAGGAACGUGUGUUCAACAAGUCAGGUGGCAUCGCCGUUGACCACACCAUUGCAGAGUCUAUUGUUCCGAAGCUGCGGUAUUCAAAGGAUGCCACCACAGCUUUUGCAAGGUGGUAAGCACGGUGGGAUCCAUGGCCGUAAGCGAGCGCCACCAAAGUUUCAAAGUCAGAAGAGCCAGGCAGUAUUAGGUGUAGACCGUGAUAGUCAAAAGGCAUGGGUGCUGGAAGGCACGCAGAGCUCCGUAGAGAGCAAAGCUGCGGACUUGGACAGACUGCGGCGAUCAGAAGAGCUGUCGGUGGGGUCGUCCAGCAAUGACAGUCUAGACCUGAUCGAUGAUCUGGCGGAGUCCAAGGCAGAGACGAAAAAGGGGGCUGAUAAGGCGCAAAUAGCCAUGAGCGAAAAACAGGGGAUGCUGCAGCUGGUGGCAGAGUACCUAAAGCCUGAUGGGGGGCCGUCGCGAUGGUUCUCGCCGAUCGACAGCAAGCCGCCCUUCCCGAACGCACCGCUCAUGCUGUUUCUUCCGGGCAUCGAUGGGACGGGUCUCGGCGCAAUCGUUCAGGAAGAAGCUAUAGCUGAGCGCUUCGAGCUUUGGUGUAUGCACACUCCAGCGCAAGAUCGAACUGGGUUUGAGGGCCUGGUGAGAUUUGUGGAUGAGACUGUCAAGCAGGAAGCAGCUAGAAACCCGGACCGAGCAAUCUACCUCAUGGGCGAAAGCUUUGGUGGGGUACUCGCGCUGGCAGUGGCGGCCAGAAACCCAGACGUGUACCUCCAUCUGGUCCUCGUCAAUCCAGCCACUGCGUUUGCCCGCUCCAGCCUCCAGCCUCUGCUGCCUCUCUUGAAGAGCCUGCCCGACGAAGCGUACCGCCUGGUCCCGUUCGCGCUAAGCACCACCUUGGGCGACCCCGUGCAGAUGGCCCUGGCCACCAUCCAGCAAGGCCUCCCCCCCCUUCAACAGGCCCAGGCGCUCGCAGACUGGCUCGUCCGUCAGCUCCCAUCGCUCUCGGUUAUGGCUGACAUUCUGCCACGUGGCACCCUCGACCACCGGUUGGACCUCCUGAAGGUUGGUAGCGAGUACGCAAACGAGAGGCUGAAGGAGGUCAAAGCGCCAGUGCUGGUCCUGGCUAGCGGCAAGGACGGGCUGCUGCCGUCGCGCGACGAGGCGUCCCGUCUCCAGAAGGCGCUCGCGCGGUGCAAGGUGCGCCGCUUCGACAACAACGGCCACACGCUGCUGCUGGAGGGGGUGGACCUGGUGGGCAAUAUCCGCACGGCAGACUUUUACCGCCGCUCCCGCGCCGAUGAAAAUCCCAUCUCGGGCUUCGUGCCGCCCACGCCGCAGGAGCAAGACAAGGCGCGCAAGGGGGCCAUCGAGUUUCUGCAGAAGACCACCAGCCCCGUCUUCUUCUCGACCAAGUCCGACGGCACCGUGGUGCAGGGCUUCGAUGGCAUCCCCGAUGACCGACCGCUUCUGUUCGUCGGGAACCACCAGUUGUUUGCGUUCGAUCUGGGCCUGUUGGUGGACGGAGUGCUGACCGGGAAGGGCCUCCUCCUCCGCGGACUAGCGCAUCCGGCCGUGAUGGGGUCCAACCCUGCGGCGGCCACCCAGGACCCCAACCAGCUGGCAGACUUCUUCAAAACGUUCGGCGCCGUAAACGCGACUGGGCCGAAUCUGUACAAGCUUCUCCAGAACAGGGAUGCGGCCCUGCUGUACCCGGGUGGGGUGCGGGAGGCGUACCACGGCAAGAACGAGGCGUACCAGUUGUUCUGGCCGGAUCAGCCCGAGUUCGUGCGCAUGGCUAUCAAGUUCGGCGCCACCAUCGUGCCCAUUGCGGGGGUCGGCUCGGCAGACAGUAUUGACCUGUUGCUGGGUCCUGACGAGAUACUGAAGCUGCCCAUCAUCGGGGACCGGGUCAGGAAGCAGGCGGAAAGCAUCCCGAACGUCAGGACCGGCGUGGCGGAGCGCUUUAUUGCCCCCUUGCCCGCCCCGAAGCUGCCUUCUCGCCACUACUUCCUGUUCGGCAAGCCCAUCGUUACGCGAGGGAUGGCGGAGGCCGGGGUGGGCAAGGACCGCGAGCAAGUGAAGCAGCUGUACUCGGAAGUCAAGGCCCAGCUGCAGGGCUGCAUCGCGUACCUCCUCGACAAAAGGGCCAAGGACCCUUAUCGGGACUUCAUCCCGAGGGCCCUGUACGAGCUGACGUGGGGCGGAAAGCAAGCGCCGACGUUCAGGCCCUGAGACCACGAGAUUUGGUAGACACCGUUCUCAUAGUGGCAACGUGCGGGGGGUACAUAGAUUGAUACCAUUGCUUAUAUCUUGCAGAUACUCUUGAAUUUCAGCAGUUUUUUCUUAUACGAUUUCGUAUUGAUCUUUGGUCAGACUCUUGGCACUUACAUCGAUGUCAAUCUGAGCUUACAGAAGGUUACACACGUGCGCGCAAAUUCUUUCUAGAAUUGGAUACGGACAGCAUUAAAUUGGUGACACAAAAUGCCCCCCUUAGCUGCGAGCUCGCAAAGACAGCUUUUACUCAACACUUGAUAAGUUCACGAGGUAAUAUUUGAGGCUUACUUGAGGCGACUGUUAUUAGCCACGUACGUCAAAACUGGCAGAUCAAGGUGUUCAGAUUCUUCUUGCGCCUCCAAACAAUCAGUCUACCUUACUUGAAGUAAUCAGGUAGACCGAAUGGGGAAAUGGUCUACCUGACUGUUGCGUGAGGUCAUGCGAGGCAGCCACAGCCUGAGUCCAGCUUUGCAAGUUUAUACGCAGUCAAUGCGAUUGAGGGUCACGCUGGGACGAG